CGAUACAACAAUCAUAUGCAAUGACAUAUCACACUAAACUGAACCACCUUGGAAUGAAUCGAAUUUCAAUAUCAAAGAAGAAGAAGCAACAAUCACCUCAAAUUGAAGGUAGUGGCAGUGGCAUGGCCACAAUCACAGUCACAAGAGAAAAUAAACUCUCUCUCUUUCCACUUCUCUCUCUUCUCUGCUUCACUUCCAUCUUCAUUCUUCUCUCACAGUUCAAAAACACUUCAUCUUCAUCUUCAAUUAACACUUUCUCUUCCAUUCACACUUUCCAAAUCGAUAACAAAAACAACAACUUCGCAUCAUGUGAUUACUCCCACGGAAAAUGGAUCUACGAUGACUCUAGAGUUUCGAGAUAUGAUAACACGUGUAAGGAGAUCUUUAAAGGAUGGAAUUGCAUCAAGGGAAAUAAAUCUAACGGUUUAGAACUUGCCAAGUGGCGUUGGAAACCUAAUGGAUGCAAUGAUCUCACUCAGUUUGAUCCACUUCAUUUUCUUAAUGACUACACGCACACCAGCAUUGGUUUUGUUGGGGAUUCACUCAAUAGGAACAUGUUUGUGUCUCUUUUCUGCACUCUAAGAAGCAGUAUCUCUGAUGGACAGGUUAAGAAGUGGAGACCUGCUGGUGCUGACCGUGGAUUUACCUUUCUCACUUACAAUCUUACUAUUGCUUAUCACCGUACAAACCUUCUCGCACGAUAUGGUAGAUGGUCGGCUAGUGAGAAUGGUGGUGCCUUAGAAAGUUUUGGAUUCAAAGAGGGCUAUAGAGUUGAUGUUGAUGUUCCGGAUAGUACAUGGGCACGAGCUGCAAGUUUCCACGAUAUUCUAAUUUUUAACACUGGGCAUUGGUGGUGGGCCCCUUCAAAAUUUGACCCUGUGAAGUCACCUAUGCUUUUCUUCAAGAAGGGUGAACCAGUGAUACCCCCAUUACGUCCAGAUCAAGGCCUUGAUAUGGUUUUAGAGCACAUGAUUUCAUAUGUGGAGGAAAGAGCACGACCAGGCGCAGUCAAAAUUUUCCGUACUCAAUCACCCCGGCAUUUUGAGGGUGGAGACUGGGAUCAAGGUGGUUCCUGUCAAAGGGAUCGACCUAUAUCGGCAGAACAGGUAGAAGAACUUUUCUCCGUGAAGAAUAACGGGACUAAUGUGGAGGUUCGAUUGGUCAAUGAACACCUUGUUAAGGCUCUAAAAGGAUCCGGUUUCGAUAUUUUGAAUAUCACACACUUAAGUGAGUUUAGGGCUGAUGCUCACCCUGCUUCUGCUGGUGGGAAAAAACAUGAUGAUUGCAUGCAUUGGUGCUUACCUGGAAUUACAGAUACAUGGAAUGACUUGUUUGUAGAGCAUUUAAAUAGCAUCAAACAUAGGAGUUGAUAAAGUGAUUAUUAUGCUAAAUAGAGAAGAAAAACAAAAGCACUUCCAAGUGCAUCUUGUUUGCAGAGGGUUUUCUUGGGAUUUUAAUGUUUAGGAGUAACACAAAUAUAUAGGGAUAGUUUGCUUGUCUUGAAUUUAAAUAUUUUCAUGUGCCUUUGUUUCCUUUUAGUUCACUUUUCAUGUGCCUUUGUCCUA